CCGGGAACGGCGCGCGUGACGAACGACGAGCGCGCGGCGAUCGCGCGCGCGACGCUCGGCGCGACGGCGUGGCGACUCAGGUUGGAAGCCGAACUCGCGAGCGCGACGAGGCACGGAACGCGCGAGGCGCGCGCGUGCGCGGAACGCGCGGGCGAUCGAGCGGAGAAGUUGAUUUUGAUGUACUGGAGCGGCGAUCGGGGCUCGGGGGGGAGGGCGGUGGUGCCGAGCGCGGAGGACGCGCGCGCGAUGUACGGCGACGGCGCGGCGGAUUUGAGAAUCGCGGCGAGGGAGGAAAACGUGCGUUGGUCGAGCGACGACGCGAUCGCGGUGGGGCAGAAAACCGCGCUGCCGCGACCUUUGGUGGAUGCGCUGAUUCGAGAGUAUGGACGAGAGGAGGCGCUGGCGUUCGGAGCGGCGAUAAACGCGCCGGGACCGGUGACGUGUCGAGCCAACGGCGCGCUCGCGCGCGGGGGCGCGGAUGAGGUGGCGGCGAUGCUCGCGAGGGAAGGCAUCAGGACGGAGAAGACGAAGUAUGGACUUGCGGCGCCGCUCGCGUUCGUCCUUCCCGAUGGGCCGCCGAAAAACGGCGGGAUCUUUGGAUGCGACGUCUGGCGUCGCGGAUACUUUGAAGUCAUGGACGAGGGGUCGCAGUGCAUCGCAAACGCCGUCGGCGCGCGAGAAGGCGAGCGCAUCUUGGACGCGUGCGCGGGAAACGGCGGAAAAACACUCGCCAUGGCGGCGAACAUGAAUGGACACGGCGAAAUAUGCGCGUUUGACAUCGACAAACGACGUUUAUUGCACUUGAAGGCGAACGCGGCGCGCGCGCGCGUCGACGCGCUGGUGACGACGACGGAAUCGCUCGACGAAUUAGCCUCGGAAUCGUUCGAUGCGAUUCUCGUCGACGCUCCGUGCUCGUCCGUCGGUGCUUUACGACGAACACCAUCGCUACGUCACUCGUACGACGAUCCGCGCGAGCUGGCAAAGGUCCAGGCGGAAAUUCUCGACGGCGUCGCUCGUUUGCUAAAGCCAGGCGGGCGAUUGGUGUACGCGACGUGUUCGGUGUUGUCGAUCGAAAAUCAAGACGUCGCCGAGGCGUUUGAAAGAAAGCACGACGAUUUUGCGCCUUGGCCGUUCGAGGACUCGGUGCUCACGUCGCCCGCGGUCGAGUUGCGAUCGCACGAACGUUUGUUUCUACCACACGUGCACGGAACGGAUGGAUUCUUCAUCGCGCGUUUUGUUCGAAGAACCGCUGAUUAAAACUUCU